AUGCCAUUCCACUUCCCUCGCCAUCACCAUACCGUCUCCGAUCCUCAAUACAACCACGACAACUCUCACGGCAUUGCGAACGCCAUCCACUCCGCUGGCCAGACUCUAAGCUCCGUUGGCGCCCCGAUCCCUCAAUACCUCGACAACAACCAAAACACGCACACCACGGCGUCCGACGCCAGAUUCUACUUCCCUCAAACCCAACCGAACGCGAACGGUAAUGGCACCGUGAUUCCAUAUCGUCCUGGUCCUGCUCCGUCUUCCUACCAGAGUGCACAAGAGGGCCAGGCCGGCCAGUCCCACCCCGGGCUGAGGCGGUCCCUGACGGUUGAACGCCAACAGGCCGACGAACUGCAUCUGAACCAGCAAGGUAGUGCAAUGAGCGACGUCCACCACUAUGGCGCACCGCCUGCAUACUCUGGGGAUGGAUUGUCAAUAAAGAUUGAGCCGUCGACACCGCAGCAUCCCCCCAACACCGCCAGCCAGCCCAUUCCCGGCACCUUACAACCUGGCAGUCUUGCGAGCAGACCAGCGACGUUGGGAGCCAGUGGCACAGCCCCGUCUUUGCCUACAUUACCCCAGAUAGCGACACAGUUACAGCAGCCUCCUCUGUCUGCGAGACCCAUGCCCUUGAACCACACCCAUUCGUACUCGAGAUCCAGUCCUGGCGCCAUGGAUCAGCCCAAAUACAAGCCCUUUUCGAAUACCCCGGAACAGUCGAAAUUCCCGUCGGCACCGAACUCAUACAUGCCACAAACUCCUCUCGGUCCUUCUUCGUAUUCUCCCCUAGGCCUCGCGGACAUUAGACAAAGGACAGACCAUACAUUUUCGGAUGCGCCUUUCAGUCCCGGCGUGACACAGGAGAGUGAGGACUCACCGUAUCCCCAAAAUAGCAAUUACAACGCGCCUUGGCCUAUAUAUGCUGUGGACUGGUGCAAAUGGCCGCCGCGGUCAGGGAGUGGGUCAUCCGGAAAGGUGGCUAUUGGAAGUUAUAUGGAGGACAACCACAAUUAUAUCCAAAUACUCGAGACACAAAGGUCACAAACAGACCCGGAUAACCCACACGGUGAACGAGGGUUGGAAUUUAUCAAAACAGCAGAAGCAACCCAUGCAUAUCCUGUGACAAGGAUUCUGUGGGAGCCUCCGUCGUCGAACAAGCAGACUACUGACCUGCUUGCAACAUCUGGCGACCACCUACGGCUCUGGUCACUACCGAACGACCAGCACUCAUAUCAGGCGAAUUCAAUAACGCGGUCAGCGAACACAAAGACGCCCCCGUUGCAGAAGUUAUCUCCGCUCGCUUUGCUGUCAAAUUCAAAGUCCCCCGAGCACACCGCGCCGAUCACGUCCUUGGAUUGGAACGUGGUACAACCUUCUCUGAUCAUUACUUCGUCGAUAGACACCACAUGUACAAUUUGGGACAUUCCCACUCUGACUGCCAAGACUCAGCUCAUCGCUCAUGACAAGGAGGUGUAUGAUGUGCGAUUCUGCGCAAACAGCGUCGAUGUCUUUGUCUCGUGUGGUGCGGACGGUAGUGUGAGAAUGUUCGACCUGCGAAGUCUCGAGCACAGCACGAUAAUCUACGAGCCUUCAGAAAAGCAACAACAACAGGAGAAGAGCUCUCAACUUGAGGCCCUCUCCUCCUCUCCAACCCGCGCCUCCGGGUCCGGUGGUCCCUCAGCCCUCCCAUUUCCCCCUCCUCUCCUCCGCAUUGCUGCUUCACCCCACGACACACACUUGCUUGCCACAUUCAGCCAAGACUCGCCUGUAAUCCGGGUGCUCGACGUCCGCCAACCUGGGCAGGCACUCCUCGAACUCAAGGGCCACGGCGCGUCGGUGAAUUGCAUUGAUUGGAGCAACACUCAGAGAGGGGUGCUCGCGUCCGGCGCGGAUGACUGUUGUGUGUUGCUGUGGGAUUUGAUGGGGAGCAGUGCCAGUACGGGUGCCGCGGCUGGUGGAGUUGCACAGGGUGCCACUGCUGGACAGGUGCAGGGUCAGGGUCAGGGCCAGGGCCAGGAACGAGGGCCGAGUGCCGUGUGGGAGUGUAAGUAUGAGGUUAGCAAUUUGAGCUGGGCGCCCACAAUGGGGACAUUGGGAGUCUGUGGUGGACGAGGGUUCUGGGGCGUGCAGUUAUGA